CUGCCAGGGAUUUUUCACCACAGCCUAUGUUAUGCACUGAGCCUGUCUUCUGAGUCGGCAUGUCCUAAACGUCUGCACAUAAUUCUUCCUAGCUGCACGCCGACCAUAACAGCGUGACCCGGAAUGGUUACACAGGGAUGAAGUCUUCUUCGUUCCCUCUAGUGCUCAUAUGUGAUCGAGGGGGAUCGGGCAGUGACGUCGGCGGUUGUUGUUGUUUGGCGAGGGGAAGAUGGAGGCGGAUGGCGGGGUUUCCGCUCAGCUGCUGCGAGAGUUCAUCUCAAUUACCGGAGCCACUGAGAGUGUGGGGAAACAUAUGUUGGAAGCAUGUAAUCAAAACUUAGAAAUGGCUGUCACUAUGUUCCUGGAUGGUGGUGGUAUCGCAGAGGAGCCAAGCACAAGUUCUGCAGGGUCAUCCUCGGCCCACCCUUCUGCAGAAGAUGAAGUUCGUGCACCUAUUCCACAGAAACAAGAAAUCCUCGUAGAGCCAGAAAUUUUCGGAGCUCCCAAAAGACGAAGACCAGCUCGUUCAAUUUUUGAUGGAUUCCGCGAUUUUCAGACUGAGACCAUCCAUCAGGAGCAAGAGUUGCGGAAUGGAGGAGCAGUGGAUAAGAAACUGACCACAUUGGCUGACCUUUUCCGCCCACCUAUUGACCUUAUGCAUAAGGGCAGUUUUGAGACGGCCAAGGAGUGUGGGCAGCUAAAGAACAAAUGGCUCAUGAUCAACAUUCAGAAUGUGCAGGAUUUUGCCUGUCAGUGCUUAAACCGUGAUAUUUGGAGUAAUGAUUCUGUGAAAUCUUUAAUACGGGAACAUUUUAUCUUCUGGCAGGUUUAUCACGACAGUGACGAGGGUCAGAGAUACAUCCAGUUUUACAAGCUAUCACAGUUUCCAUAUGUCUCCAUUUUGGACCCUCGUACGGGUCAGAAGAUGGUUGAAUGGCACCAGUUAGAUGUAAAUUCCUUCUUGGAGCAAGUCACAGGGUUUUUAGGGGAGCACGGACAACUUGAUGGUCUAUCCAGCAGCCCACCCAAGAAACGAUUGCGUUCCGAGAGCCUCAUCGAUGCCAGCGAGGACAGCCAGCUGGAAGCCGCUAUACGUGCCUCCUUGCAGGAAACCCACUUUGACUCUGCAGCGAGUAAGCAAGCCCCCCGAUAUGAAGAGGAGUCUGACUCUGAGCUAUAUUCUGGCAGUGAAGAGUUUAUCUCCGUAUGUGGAUCUGACCAUGAAGAGGAAGAGGAGGAGAGGCCCGCAGAAACAUUGCCUGAACAGGAGACUUCCUGCAGUAAAAUGAGGAAGGCCACGUCUAAAAAUGGUAGUCAUAGAAGGGAUGACUUGUGUAGCUCAGAGCCUGUAGUAGAAGAACCAUCGGAGGACACCUCAAACCACAACUCAUUACCUGGGCAAUCACAAACGGAGUCUCAAGUUGAAAAACACUUCAGGAAUUCUGAAUGCUCAGAAGAUAGUUCUGACGAUAAUGGUCCCAAAGCAAAGAUCAUGUUACGAUACCCAGAUGGCAAAAGGGAACAGAUUACGUUACCAGAAAAGGCCAAAUUGAUGGCUUUGGUCAGACAUGUGCAGCUAAAAGGUUAUCCCAAUGAGCGAUUUGAGCUCCUAACAAACUUUCCCAGAAGGAAGUUAUCACACUUGGACUAUGAUGUCACAUUACAGGAGGCCGGUUUGUGUCCUCAAGAGACAGUAUUUGUACAAGAAAGAAAUUAACAGCUUUCCUAUUAACUCCCUCCCCUUUCAUCUCCGGUGACUUUGCCACUCCUAAUAAGACUCUUGUUUCAUCAGUGAUGCAUAUUGCAUAGGAGUGGCAAGUUUCAUUGAUGCACAGUUGUUAGGAAAGUUUUUUCGUCGUUCGUGAGGGCCGAAAGCACAGUGUGGCAAUAGAGAGAGCCAUCUACUCACAGAAUGGCCUCAUGAAGCAGUUCUCCACACUGCCACUUCACAAGUCGUCUUUCUGUUUAAUAAUACUGGAUACAGCAGAACUAGCCCCUUCCUCAUUGGAUGCCAGGUACUCUAGUCCCAGCUACAUAUGGAACGUUAGGUUGAGGUUGUAAGUCUCUGGAUAUUCCAUAGUUUGUGUCUUAAUUUGGAGCUUCAAGGAUAGUUCCACUAGUGAUUGUUAUUUAUUGCCCAUUAUUGCAGAAACUGCAAGUAUACUUUUUUUUUUUUUUUAUAGAUCUCUCUCUUUGAAUCUUGCAGCUUUUUGUGACAUUACUAGAUCCACUGAAUGAAUGUUUCCAACAUUGGCUACUUCCAUCGUAGAUGGCCAGUUUGUGUGCUAAUUCAAGGGAAUGCAGCCUACCCAUUCAAUUUGGGCCUCAGUGAUGUCCCAUUUCCUGAGGAAGUGAUAGGCUACACCAUUGGUAUAGCCUACAAAGUGUUCACACAGGCAACCUAUACACUUGUUUUAUUUUCUGCCAGAUGGGUUUGCUAUUGUUCUCUAAUGCUGCAUUCAUAUAAUACAUCAGUGAGACGUUUCCUCACUGCACUUCUAACAUUGUAUCAUAUUUAUGCAUUCUAUAUGCAUUUUAGUAAGUUCCAUAAGGUUUUCCUGACAGGACCAAGUCUGACACCAAGGUUGUGCUUCCCUGUGCAGUACAUGUUUAAUCUCCUAUAUCUCCUAUAUACUGAUGCAGGAGGCAAUCUUUUUUGCUGUGCACAAUUUACACAGGAUCCUAGAGAAGUACUUUGACUGCACAGUUCACACCUUGCUGUAUACUGCUAUAAAUGCCGCUACCAUACCAAUAAAUGAGCGAUGGCAA